AUGAAUUUACUAGACUGUUUGAUUGAAGGAUUGCUUGCGAUUCCUGCACCUGGAAUUUGGACUACGAAAAUCAUUCCAGGAUUACGUUCCUUUGGAGUGAUUGAAUCGGAUGCACUUCUAAACAACUUACACUCCAUUUUGUAUAUUACAGCAUUUUAUCAUUUGGUUUUCCUAUUAAGUGCAUGGUUUUUAUUUCCUGGUAUCUCUCAAAGGAAAAUAGAUUGCCUAUUAGCUGAAGAGAAAGAAAAAGAAAUUAAAGUAGAGCACAAGUAUUCUCGUACUCAACGUGCUAAAUCACUAAGUAAUCAAGCGGCUCUUCAUUUAGUGUCUUUUUUACAAACAAUAAUUGUAUUAUAUUUAUCAAUUUCAUUCCUUAUUUCACACGAAAGAUCAGUGAUACCAUAUCCAGAUCCAGAAUCCCGUAUCUUUGGUGAAACACGUGAGACUAGAGUCAUCUGUAUCUUUGCCAUAGGUUAUUUCAUCUGGGAUGCAUUGAUUUCUUCUGUCUACUCUACUUUACCAUUCGUUAUGCAUGGUGUAGUCUCAACAGCCAUGUAUGCUAUUGGUAUUAAACCAUAUUUACAAUAUUAUGCACCUGUUUUCUUAAUUUUUGAAUUAUCAAACCCUUUCCUAAAUAUUCGUUGGUUUGCAUUAAAAUAUUUACCAAGUGAGAACCACCUCUGUAGUCGUUUCCAACUAUUUAACAAUUUAAUCUUUCUAGUGACUUUCUUCUUAGGAAGAAUCGCAUGGGGUUGGUAUCAAAUUGGCUGCUUAUGUUACGAUUUCUACAUGGUAAGCGCAGAUCCAAGAUAUUUAUACUGGGACUCUUUAAUAAUCGUUGCUGGUAAUUUAGUACUAGAUGUAUUGAACGCAUACUGGUUUAAGACCAUGGUAUGUGUUGCCAUCAAAGCCAUUAAGGGUGGUGCCCAAAAGAAACAUGAUGACGUUAAAAAGGCAUGCUAG